AUGGCGGAUACCGAAAUGCAAGAGCAAGAUUUGCCUUCUGGUGUUGAGACUAGUGCUCCUGUUGAGACCAAAGUUGUAGAGAACGAGACUUCAGAGCCAGAGAAGGAGCAAAACUCCAUYGAAAGACCCAAUUCUCCUGUUCCUGAGGAUAAGACUCUUACUUUAGACAGUGAUGUUCAUUUGUCUGAUGCUCCCAUUACUAAUGUAACYGAAGCUAAUGAAGAGGUAGGUGGUGGUGAGAAGAACAGUGUUGAUGUGAAGAAUGAUGAUGUUGAUCAGUCUGAAAAGAAGAUUACGAGUGAUGUUGGUCAAGAGGAGACAGCACUAGGGGAAUCAGCUCCUCUUAAGGGUGAACCAUCGACUCCUCAUGUUGCUGCGGGUGAGAAUGUUAAGAAGUGGAAGACAUGGUUGCUAAGUGAUUCCGAGGUCGGGGAAGUUGCUGAAGCAGGGACACCAGAGGAUCAAGAGGCAUUUAUUAAAGAAGUGGAGAGGUUCCACAAGGAGAGUUUCUUGGAAUUUAAAGCUCCUAAGUUUUAUGGACAGCCUUUAAAUUGUCUCAAGCUAUGGAGAGCCGUCAUCAAGUUAGGUGGCUAUGACGUGGUCACCACAUCUAAGCUAUGGCGGCAAGUUGGAGAAUCCUUCCAUCCUCCAAAGACAUGUACUACUGUCUCCUGGACCUUCCGCAUUUUUUAUGAAAAGUCACUUUUGGAGUAUGAAAAGCAUUUAAGGCAAAAUGGUGAGCUUAACCUUCCUGGUGCUUUUCUUCCGUCUUCAGGCCUUGAAAAAGAGGCAAGUAGCCAUCAAGGUUCAGGGUCGGGCAGAGCACGAAGAGAUGCUGCAGCUCGUGCUAUGCAAGGUUGGCAUGCUCAGCGCCUUGCUGGAUCUGGGGAGGUUUCUGAGCCUACUGUCAAGGAUAAGGGCUUAAAUUCAACCCCAAAGCAAAAGAAUCUCAAAAACAUUGGUGUGCAGAAACAAAAAACACCAAUUGGCAUGGACCCCGUUUUCUCACAUGAAGCAGACAAACAGUCAACUGCGGAGGUUAUUGAUGUUGGACCCCCUGCAGACUGGGUGAAGAUAAAUGUCAGAGAAACUAAAGACUGCUUUGAGAUAUUUGCGCUGGUACCUGGACUUCUUCGCGAAGAGGUCCGCGUUCAAUCAGACCCUGCAGGUCGGCUAGUUAUAGCAGGCCAACCUGAGCAGCUUGACAAUCCUUGGGGAAUCACACCCUUCAAAAAGGUUGUGAACUUCCCAUCAAGAAUCGAUCCGCUGCACACGUCAGCGGUUGUGAGCCUGCACGGUCGACUGUUUGUGCGAGUCCCAUUUGAGCAGUGA